AUGUCCCCGAUCGCGCACUAUCCACUUGGUGACGUGGAAUCACCCUCCCUCGUAUUUCGGGACAAGGAUAUCCUCCGAGAGUGCGGCGCAACUAUUGUUGAAAAUACAGAUUUCGCUGCAUUUGAUGAGGCCAUCAUGAGUAAAUGUCCAGAUGUUAUCAAAUCCUCCGAUUUCAAGCUCCGCCUAGCGCAACACUGCGCUUCGUUAACAUCCACCACACACAAACAGAUCCAAGGGAAGAUUUUCAAGGACGCUCUUGCAUACAUGGAGUAUCUCGCAAACGAAGGGGGGGUCACUGGCGCACUCCAACGCAACGGUCUUGACGUCCUUGUCAUGCCGACCUGUGUAGCUCCUAUUAUGCCUGCCUUGGGUGGCUUCCCAAUGCUUUCUGUUCCGCUUGGGUUUUACCCCGAAGGCACUGAGAUUCAUUGGAACGUUCGUCAUGAGUUGAUUGACCAGGCCCCGGGUUUACCGUUUGCCUUUGCAUUUGAACAGAAGACUGAGGUAUGGCGGAAGAGGAGGCCGCAGAAUGCCCCUUCAGCUGAGCUACCGGCUACCGCUUCCAACUCAACGUAUUGCUCAGUGCUCUAA